AUGUUGUGGAUACUUGCUAUAUUUUUAUUAUGUUUUGAUGGCAGCGAUUCUAUAACUAUUGGUAAAAUAGAGAAUCAUAUUAUGAUUGGGAAUGUUAAAUACUCAUUAUUUAAUCAAACUUAUGAUCAAUGUAUAUGUGAAAUGAGUAAAUUGAAUGGAUUGGUAUCUGCAUUAAAUUAUUUUUCAUCAAAUCAAACUUGUCAAUUAUUUGAUUAUAAUAUUAGUUCUGUGUUCCUUAAACGAAAUUUAAAUUCUACUUUCAUAUUUAUCAAUCAAUCAUCAAUAGAAAUAAUAAAUAUUGAAUCAUAUACACGUCUUCGACAACAAGCACAUCCGUUACUAGUACCACAACCACUACAACAAGCACAACCACUUCAUCUACCACAACAAGCACAACCACUUCGUCUACUACAACAAGCACAUCUGCUUCGUCUACGACAACUACUACAACAAGUACAUCCACUUCAACUACUACAACCACGACAACCAGCACAUCCACGUCUACUACCACAACAAGCACAACCACUUUGA